AUGGACAAUGAUAAUGCUAGCAAUAGCAUACGUUGUUUUCAUGAACCCGAGCAAAAUAUAGACGAUAGAGCGGCAACAUUCGUUUACGAAACACAAUCUUUUACCGUACAUGAACAACAUGCCGAGAAAAAGAAGCGAAAAUGUCAUGGAAAUCGAAAACUACAACAUUUCAAACGAAAAUGCAGAGCUCGUGGCCUCAUGGCUGAGCAAAUUAACACGCUAAUUCAAACAAGACAUGCCGCAAUAUCUGAACAACUGCCAAAUGGACAAGCAGCCAUCGUUGAUCACUCGAGACAACCAACGAAACGCAAAAGAGAUCCAUCUCAACUGAGUCUGCUGUCGGAUUCAGUGAAAUCUCUUAGUCAAUUAUCACUAUCUCGACAAAAGUCGACAUCAGGGACAACAAAGAAGAAGAAAUCAAGUCAUAUAGUGAAUCCAUCGAGUAAUAGCAACAAUCGUGAAUCAAACGACAACAUUUUUACAUUCAAAAAAUCUUCGAAGUAUCUGAGAAUGCCAAAGAAACUACUGUUGCAUUCAUUACGGCUGCAACUCAAUCAUCCAAUCAAAAUAAAAAAAGAACAGUCUUUCAUUUUGGCGCGACUUCAACUACUUGAUCAUCAAUUUUGCCCGGAUCAAGUGCGAUAUCUCUACCAGACAUUUUUCGAUCAGGGUAGAAGAGUUCAAAUGUGGCCUGUAAGUAUCAGACAAUCUAAUCGAAUCCGCGUAUGGUAUCAUUACCGUAUGUUCCAUUUAAAGGAAAGCAUUCACAAAAUUGUACAAUCAGCCCAGCACACUGUCGUUCAAAAGUAUCUAGAAGAGUUUUUGGUAUUAUUACGUGAUAAGAUCGAUGAAUAUACAACUGAAUUGACGAAUCAAUCGUUGAGUUGUCCGCCAGCAUUAUCUCCGUUGGACAUCAUCGAUGGAAGACUGAAAGAGUUCGUUCGUUUACAUCAUCUUGAUUUUAUCAGAGCAAUUCGUUAUCGAAUACAGCAAUUCAAAGCUGACAUUCAUGAAAAACAGCUCGGCAAAGAAUUGUCGUAUUAUUUUUCGAAUGUCGAUCAACUGGAACCAAUCAAUCGAUUGACAAGUAUCCGACAGAAACAAAUGAAAGUGUUCGAAGAAUUGACGAUGUUCGAGCAACGCAUCUCAUGUCAUCGAUUACCAAAAUCUUUCGAUUCUGCCAUCAUACCUAACCUCGAUGUAAAGCAGCUGAGCAACAGUCGCCUGAAGAUACUACAAGAACUCAAGAGAUUCAUAUUAAAUGUUGAAUUACAAGAAUAUGAAAACAAGAUCGAACAUUACCAACUUUUAUAUCAAGAAGAGUUGGCCAGUCUACAGCAACAGAUUGAGAACACUAAUUCAUCUCUUCCUCAACAUCAGACGAAAAUGUUACUUUAUAUUGUUCAGUCUUAUUUGACAGCUUUUGCCGAUCGACUUCUACGACAAAUACGUUUCAAAGAAACUUGCUUCCGUGUCAAAUUAACACGACAUCGCCGUCGUCAGCAACCAUUCCUCUCAUGCAAUGUCGUUGACGUGUAUCCACAAGUUAUAGUUGAUGUGCCAAAAGUGUGCUUAAAUCGCUUCCAACUCGACUAUCUGUCACACAACGGUCCUAGCUAUAUUCGACCAAAUCAAACAUAUCUAUAUUCACGUACACAUCAAGAAAAGCAAAUCGAACGAGAAUACAAUAGAAUUCUUGAUGUUGUCGUUCCUUUUCUCGUACGCGUAUAUCACAUGUCACCGACAUCGACAGCCAUCAAGCAGUUCUCUCAUCAAUUUGCUACGUAUCUUUGUGAACGCUACAUGUCGACAGUGUCGUAUGUUGAUGCCCACCGUACUCGACAAGAACGGCAAUUAAUCCAAUCAAUCAAAUGUCGUCUGAAGAAAUACAAUCAGAUUCUUCGUGUGACGGACAAGGGUGGCAUAUUUCAUAUCGGCGAUGGCAAAGAUUACGAGCGAAAAGCAGACGCUUAUCGGCAAAAAACGGGAGCCUAUGUUGAAUUAGAGACUGAUCCACUAUGGACAGUCUUCGACAAAGUCGUUCAUCUGCUCAACGAUCUUCGUUCGAAAAAACAUAUUCUCACGUGGCAAUUUAAUAGAAUGAUGCCGAAACGAGACAAAGUUAAACUCGCUUAUUUAUACUUCGUUCCAAAACCACAUAAGGAAGGAACUCCACUGCGACCGAUUGUAUCAUCAAUGAAUAUGCCGACGACUGGCAUUUCUAAAUUUCUUGAUCGAUUACUUCGACCGUUAUUUGAUAAACAUGUUCGUUCAACUACAAUUAUCGACGGUGUUGAUCUCAUUCGUCGUCUCGAAACAUAUGCGGCAAACGGCUAUCUGAAACCAACAACUCAUCUGUGCACAUUCGAUAUCACAGAUUUAUACACAAUGUUACCACAAGAAGAAUCUCUGAAUAUUCUAACCGAAUUUCUCAUGGAACAUGGUUAUAGAAAAGUGAAUGGCGUACCAAUUGAUGCCAUUCGGAAAUUAGCUCGUCUUGUCAUCACAGAAAAUGUGUUCACAUAUGAGAAGAAAUUCUAUCGACAAGUCGUCGGUGGUGCGAUGGGAUCUGCAUUCACUUUAACUUUGGCAAAUAUAUUCAUGUGGAAAUGGGAAAAGGAAUUUGCCCAACGACAAGCAUCUUCAAACGAAAUCUAUGGCCGAUAUAUCGAUGACGUCUUUUUCACUUCGAAUGAGACAUUAGACAAAGUUAAUGAAAUGUUAGAUACGGCUAAUAAUUGGCACCCGAACAUUAAACUGGUGCGCAACAUUGGACGCGAUGUGUCAUUUUUGGAUGUUCAUAUCGAAAACAAGAAUGGCACCUUGACAACAUCAGUUCAUCAUAAGGAAGCAGCUGAACCAUAUGUGGUACCGUUUACAUCUGAUCAUCCCAAACAUGUAUUCGGAAAUAUCAUUCAUACUGCUCUUUUACGAGCAGUUCGGUACUCCUCGACAUUAUCCAUAUUCGAAGACGAGCAACGGUUCAUCAAAUUGAUGCUAUUGUAUAACGGGUAUCCAACUCGAUUUAUUCAUGCACAAUUCAAUAAAUUCGUCAAUCAAAAUAAAACGGAUCAAAGUGUAGUCAACACUUAUCAUAGUCAAAAACACUUCGUCAAUAGGCGCCAUGAAUUAUUGAAUAAACCGACUGUUCAAGAAAUUGCCAUACAAUCAAGCAUCUUCAAAGCAUCAUGUGGCUCCAAUGAAGAAUCUAUAAGUGAAUCCACGAUUCAAUUCCAUAAAACAGGUUCAUCUAAAUGGGAUUCAAACGUGAUUAUCCAUUACUCACAUGAAAGUCGAUUGUCUACUUACAAAAGGGAUGUUCAUCAACUAUGGAAUGAACACUUUCGUCAAACUCCAGUGAUCAACACGCGCCUGAUCAUAGGAACCAAAAACAAUCCCAAUUUGACCAAACGACUUCUACGACGCCAAUCAAAUCAUCAAGAACGAGCACAGAACGAGAAAAACUGA